AUGGAUUUGAACAACACCAGUGAUAUGAAGUAUGAACUGAUUGUUACUGGCAAACAAUACCAUCAGGCCAGCAAAUUAAAGAUGAGUGUUAACAUAGAUGAAGCACCAAUUUUUGCUCCAUCUUUACCGGUACCAAAUGUUCAAGAAAUGGUGAAGAUUAAUCCUUCGCAAGUUCCUAAACGAUACGUGAGGAAUCAAGAAGAAAUGGAAAAAGUACAUUACACGCCUCACCUUUCAUCGGAGAUUCCUGUCAUUGAUUUAACACUGCUUUCAAAUGGGAACAUGGAAGAGUUGCGGAAACUUGAGAUUGCAUGCAGGGAGUGGGGUUUCUUUCAGAUAGUGAAUCAUGGUGUGGACAAAGAAAUUCUGCAGAAUAUGAAAGAUGCAGCAGAUGAGUUUUUCAAACUUCCAAUAGAAGAGAAGGAAAAGUAUGCAAUGCUCUCAAACGACGUACAUGGCUAUGGUCAUGCUUAUGUAGUUUCCGAAGAGCAGACGCUUGAUUGGACAGACACAUUGUUUUUACUCAUUUAUCCCACCCGGUUCAGGAAGCUUCAAUUCUGGCCAAAAACACCGCAUGGAUUCAAGGAGAUAGUAGAUACAUAUUCAAGUGAAGUAAAAAGAGUUGGUGACGAACUUCUAAGUUCUUUGUCUGUUAUUAUGGGGUUGGAAAAACAUGUUCUUGCUGGACUGCAUAAAGAAGUACUUCAGGGUUUACGUGUGAACUAUUACCCUCCUUGCGACACACCUGAGCAAGUGUUGGGUUUGAGUCCACACUCCGACUCAAGCACCAUUACUUUACUUAUGCAAGAUGAUGAUGUGCCUGGAUUAGAAAUUCGACAUAAAGGAAAUUGGGUACCCGUUACUCCAAUAUCAGAUGCUCUAGUUGUCAAUGUCGGAGAUGUAAUAGAGAUAUGGAGUAAUGGAAGAUACAAGAGUGUAGAACACAGAGCAAUGACAAAUAAAAACAAGAGAAGGACUUCUCAUGCAACAUUUGUGUUUCCUCGAGAUGAUGUUGAAGUGGAGCCCUUUGAUCAUAUGAUAGAUGCUCAAAACCCUAAGAUGUACCAGAAAGUGUUGUAUGGAGAUUAUUUGAGGCAAUCCAUGAAGAGAAAAAUGGAGGGAAAAACACACACUGAUGUGGCAAAGAUAAAGGCAUAA